AUGGCGCCGAUUACUACCGGUGCUUUGGCUACUCCGGCCGACUCUGCCAAGGUGUCGCUAGGUGCGGCGGGGACGGCGGCAUUGCAGGACAACCGUUGGUAUAUGGUUGGGCGCUUGCUUGGUCCAAAGUCUCGUUUCCCCGGUUUCAAGGGAACUAUUUCUUCGAUCUGGCGAAUCAAAUCAGGGCUCUCAGUCCAUGAUGCUGGAGAUCGGUUUAUGUUUCAAUUCAACCAUGAAGCAAAUCGUAACAGGGCGUUGCACGAAGGGCCGUGGUUCUACAGGAAUACGAUGUUGUUGGUAGGUGAGUAUGAUGGGGUUGGCUUGGUGGAGAUCUGGGUUGCAGUAAAAGGUUUGCCGGUGGCACUUCGCAACAAGAACGCCCUAAAUCUCAUUGGCUAUGUUGUUGGCCAAGUUAUCAAAUUUGAUCAGUCGGCCCUUCGUCGGAGGGAGGAGGAACAGCGGAUCCGCCUGGUGUUGGAUACCCGUCGGAGGGUACGAACAUGGAUGCUUUUUGAGUUCUCUUCCUUGGUGCAGCCCGAGAUCAACCUCAUUUAUGAGAAAGUUAAGGGUUUCUGCAGGGACUGUGGAUUCUUUGAGCAUGAUGCACGGGAUGCGAUGGAUUUUUGGUGA